AUCCCUAUAUAUCCACACACUUAGAUGAUCAGGAUCAUCAGGUAACUCAAAACAGACCCUUCAUAGUAGUUAGUACGCCUGGUUCCAACACCAUUAUUAGUUUAAUUUGCAGCACUUUUUCAGAUCCCCUGCACACCGUCAGUCUCAAAAAAAGCCUACCAAUACUCGGUUCCUCAAGCCUUCUAGCUAGCUCCAAAAUAUUAAAAAUGGCAGGUGCUGAUGAUUCAGUUCCAUUUACACCCAGCAAACUGUAUCCGAAAAGCGAUGAAGAGAUCGCCACGUUCAAAGAAAUGAAGAAAGAACGAAGUGGUAAAUGUUUCUUUUAUGUUUUUGCUGGAAUUGUCAUCCAGUGCGUUUUCAUAUUGGUCUUUGCCUUGAUUACGCUGCGUAGUAGAAUUCCCGAUGUUAAGGUAAGGUCGAUUACGGUGAAGAAUCUCAGGUAUAAUAAUGGCACAUCUUCGGCAUCAAUAUCUCCUUCUUUUAAUGCCACUUUGGUCGCCGAGGUGACCAUUAAGAACACAAAUUUUGGGCGGUUUAAGUUCGAGAAUACCACCAUGAGUGUGCUCUAUGGAGGCAUGAACGUCGUUGGAGAUACAAAAAUAGGACGUGGGAGUGUCAAAGCUAGAGACACCCAGAAGAUGAUCAAUCUUACAGUGGAGGUGAGAUCCAAUAGGGUACUCACUAAUUCUCAGAAUUUUAGCAGUGAAAUCCAAUCAGGGAUGUUGAAACUGAGCAGCUAUGCCAAGUUCAGUGGCAGCGUGAAUUUGCUGAAUAUUGUUAAGAGGGAGGAGAUCGCACAAAUGAACUGUACAAUGAUUCUCAAUUUCACAAGCCGUAAAUUCCAGGAUCUUCGAUGCCAGUAAUUAUAGGACAUACUUUACAGUUUUCUGAGUCUUUUUUUCUUUUCUUUGUUGCUUUUUCUUUAUGUUGUAAGACGUACUUUAUAUUGCACAAACAGGUUUAUUAAUUAUAUAUAAGAGUCUUCUUCUGAGUA